UAUUCCGGAAUUAUCUUUGUUGUUAAUGUGCAUUUUGUAUGUUAUGUUAUUAUUGUGUAUUCCGCCCAAGUAAAAGCAUGUGUUGAAGUUGGCGCCUUAUUGUUUAUUGUCGAGUCUAAACAGAACAGUGGCGACGAGGAUUAAAAUAUAAGGAUGGCAGCAGUAUUCGGGAAAAUAGAUUCCUUUGAAGAGGGUAAGGAAACCUGGCAACAUUACUGUGAGCGGCUCGGACAUUAUUUCAUAGCUAAUGGCAUCGGUGACACCGAGGAGGCGGAUCUACAAAAACGCCGGUCGAUUCUACUCAGUGUGUGUGGUAGUAGAAUAUACAAGUUGAUGAGCGACUUGUUAGCGCCAAAUAAACCAGGUACUAAAACUUUUGCAGAACUUGUAAAACUCGUGCAGGAUCAUUAUGCACCCAAACCCUCAGAAAUUGUUCAGCGAUACAAGUUUAACAAUCGUUUUCGUAGACAGGGUGAGUCUGUGGCAUCGUAUGUGGCCGAACUUCGUCAUUUAACAGAACAUUGUAAUUUUGGUCAAACCAUGGAAGUCAUGAUUCGUGAUCGUUUGGUGUGUGGUAUCAUGGAUGACAAAAUUCAGAGGCGUUUGUUGGCCGAGAAGGAUUUAAGCUUCAAGAAGGCAUACGAUAUCGCCAUAUCCAUGGAAACUGCCGCGAAAGGAGUUGUUGACCUACAGAGUGGAAUAGCGCACACAGAAAAAGUAAACAAAGUGAGUGCAACUGACAAAUUGCACAAAGACAAAAGUAAUGUGAAGUGUUUUUACUGUCAUUUGUUUGGACAUAUUGCUGCAGAAUGUAGAAAAAAGAAGGCGGACCAAGCUGCCAGCCGGGGAAAAGGAAUCUCAACACAAAAAACGCAUAAAGUACCACAGAAAACGAGAGGUCAUUUUGGGAGUUACAGACCAAAGAAUCAUUCCAGAAGGGAAAAUGUACAUGCUGUAUGUGAUUCACCUGAUGAUGAAGAAGACCACACGGAGUAUACCUUGUAUCAUAUGGUGGACCCAGGCAAGAAACCACCAUAUUGUGUGUCUUUGAAUUUGAAUGGAGUGGACCAGUCCAUGGAGUUGGAUACUGGAGCCAGUAAGACCGUCAUCAGUGAAGAGGCAUACAAGACUGUUUGUAAAUCUGACCCUGAGUUAAACUUGAAACCUUCGUUUACAAAACUGCGUACUUACACUGGGGAACUUAUUCCAAUACUUGGAACCGUGCAGUUGACCGUGACCUACAAAGAUCAGCGGUAUAACUUGAAGGCGGAGGUGGUCAAAGGAAAAACACCGUGCUUACUUGGCCGUGAUUGGCUGGAUAUCAUUAAGCUGUGCUGGGAUGAAGUAUUCCAAGUGAAAACGGAGGCAAACACUGACGUGGAUCAGGUUCUGAAGAAGUAUGAAGUUGUGUUCAAGAAAGGAUUAGGAACAGUUCAAGGAGUGAAAGCCAAAAUAUAUGUUGACUCUCAUGAAAAACCUAGAUACUUCAAAAGUCGUUCUCCACCUUUUGCAUUGAAAGAGAAAAUCGAACAAGAGUUGGACAGAUUAGUUUGUGAAGGAAGUGUUACCCCUGUAGAGUUUUCAGAAUGGGCGACCCCUAUCGUACCAAUAGUUAAAAGUGACAAGUCUGUGCGUAUUUGCGGUGACUAUAAAGUUACAGUGAACAGAGUGUCUAAGCUGGACAAUUACCCUAUUCCUAAGACAGAGGAUCUAUUUGCUAUAUUAGGAGGUGGUGAACAGUACUCCAAGCUUGAUCUGAGCCAGGCCUAUCAGCAAUUAGAGUUGGAUGAAGAGUCCAAGAAAUAUACCACCAUUAACACUCAUAAGGGACUUUUCCAGUACAAUCGUUUACCUUUUGGAAUCUCGUCUGCUCCUGGCAUAUUUCAGAGAACUAUUGAGAAUCUACUUCAGGGCAUACCAAGUGUUAUUGUUCGCUUAGAUGACAUACUCGUGACUGGGAAAACCCGACAUGAGCAUUUACAGAAUCUUGAACAAGUGUUACAGAAGUUGGAAAAAGCAGGAGUUCGACUGAAAAAAGAAAAAUGUGUGUUCAUGGCCGAUGAAGUUACAUACCUUGGGCAUCGCAUAAACAAAUAUGGACGACAGCCAACUGAAGACAAAGUGCAAGCUAUCAAGAACUUACCUGAACCUAGUAAUAUCAAAGAACUACAGGCCUUCCUUGGAAUGCUUAACUAUUAUGGUUGCUACUUACCAAAAUUGUCAACUGUGCUAGCACCAUUACAUGAACUCUUAGCUAAAGAUGUAUCAUGGUCUUGGGGAUCUAGACAAUCAAAAGCUAUGCAAGAAGCGAAAGACCUUUUGAGAUCUUCAUCUCUACUAGUUCAUUUUGAUUCCACAAAGAAGCUUGUCAUGUCCUGUGAUGCCUCGCCAACUGGAUUGGGAGUGGUGUUGUCACACAUCACAGAUGAAGGGGAGAAACCAAUAGCUUACGUGUCAAGAACACUUGCUCCAGCAGAAAAAAACUACUCUCAGUUGGAAAAAGAGGGACUAGCAAUUAUAUUUGGAGUGAAAAAACUUCAUCAGUACCUCUAUGGUCAUAAAUUUGUCAUUUAUACAGACCAUAAACCACUGUUGGGACUAUUUAAACCUGACCGAGCCAUUCCAACAAUGGCCGCAGCUCGAAUACAGAGAUGGGCGUUAAUCCUUGCAGGAUACGAGUACGAAAUACUGUACAAGGAGGGUAAGAAGAAUGGUAAUGCAGAUUGUUUGAGUCGUCUACCACUCAAGGAGAGUGUGGAUGUACCCCUGCCGGGUGAGACCAUUCUACUCAUUGAACGCUUCGAUGGUACACCAGUACAUGCUGAAGAAAUCGAGGAAUGGACACAGUCAGAUCCACUUUUGCGUCAGGUGAUAUAUUUCAUUCAGAAUGGAUGGAAAGAGAAGAACAGCAAUGAGAAACUUCGUCCGUACUUCAGCAGACGGAACGAACUUAGUACACAUGAAGGCUGUAUUCUUUGGGGGAGUCGCGUGGUGAUUCCAGAACAAGGAAGGGAAAAGUUAUUGGAUUUGUUACAUGAAGGACAUCCUGGAAUAGUCCGGAUGAAAAGCCUAGCAAGGAGCUACUUAUGGUGGCCCGGACUUGAUGAAGACAUCGAGAGAAAAGUACUUGGAUGUGAAGAUUGUCAGAUGCAAAGUGCCACACCAGCAGUAGCACCGUUACAUCCCUGGGAGUGGCCAGAUCGUCCAUGGUCAAGAAUACAUGCCGAUUACGCAGGACCAUUUAUGGGAUCCAUGUUUUUGAUCAUUAUUGAUGCGUACAGCAAAUGGAUCGAGGUGUUUAAGACAUCUUCUUCUACAUCUGAAGUGACAAUUGAAAAAUUCAGACAAGCGUUUGCUACACAUGGAAUUCCCGAUGUACUUGUCACAGACAAUGGGACCUGUUUUACAAGUCACGAAUUUGGAAUUUUUACAUCAGAGAAUGGUAUUCGACAUGUGAAAACCUCACCAUAUCACCCAGCAUCGAAUGGUUUGGCUGAGCGUGCAGUGCGAAUUUUUAAGGAAGGGAUGAAGAAGAUGGACAAAGGGGCUGGUACACUGAUGACCAAAUUGCAAAGAUUUCUAUUAAACUACCGCACUACACCCCAGACCACAACAGGUGUUGCUCCAGCCGAGCUACUUAUGAAUCGGAAAUUGCGGACAAAGCUGGAUUUCGUCAAGCCUGAGAUUCGAGAACGAGUGGGAAGUCGACAGAAGAAAUUCAAAAAGUAUCAUGAUCUACAUGCGAAAGGACGAACAUUCUCGGAAGGUGAUGCAGUCAUAACAAAAAGCUUUCCCAGUGGACGGUGGAAAUGUGGUGAAAUAAUGCAGAAGACGGGACCUGUCUCGUACAAAGUUGCUUUUCCAGACGGCGUAACUGCUCGCAGACAUGUUGAUCAUAUCAAACAGCGACAUUUCAUACCACAAAUGGCAUCCGACAAUCCGGAUGAAAGCGAAAGUCUUGAUGAUCCGUUAACCACAGAGGAGGCACCGAGAACUACUGUUACACCUGCACAGCCGGAAAGUGAAUUCAAGGCUAACGCGACUCUACCGUUAUCCAGUACUCCGCGACCGUCCAGUGCUCCAAACUUAGCCAGCCCUCGUAGAUCGUCUCGUUCCCUGAAGAAACCUGCUUAUUUGGAUGACUAUGUUACGCCUUAAACGAUCCUUGCCUCGAUUAUAGUGAACAAUUCUUUGUUAUUGUCUUGACUGUAAAUAUCUUGUGUAAUGUUUCAUGCAUUAUGAUUGAAUUAGUUUUACAGCUCAGCAAACUGUGUAAAUGUAAUAUAUUUUAUGGUUUUGAAAUUAACUCACAUAUUGAUCAGUAUUAAGAUGUUUGUUUCCAGUCAAGUUUCUAGUCAAAUUAUAUAAUGAACUUAAGAGGGGAGGAAUGUAGUAUUCCGGAAUUAUCUUUGUUGUUCAUGUGCAUUCUGUAUGUUAUGUUAUUAUUGUGUAUUCCGCCCAAGUAAAAGCAUGUGUUGAAGUUGGCGCCUUAUU